AAUUAUGUUAAUUACUAUGAUCAGUUGUUGUGCCAGAAUGCAUCCAAAGUUGAAACUGACUACCAUUCCGUCAUGCAGCUCGUGUUAAAAAAUAACAGAACCAAUCUUGAUCACUACUUGAAAUUGAUGGUGAAGCUUGGCAUAGUGCCAGAGAUAGAGUCGAAAAAAGAUCACAGAAAGAGAAUGUCCAUUACCCUCUUGUUUGAGCACUACCUAGGUCCUAACAGACGAAUUGAGCUAUUCCAUAAUUUUGCAGAAAUUACAAAGAAGCAAGGGAAGCAGAUUAAGUAUUGCUUCAUGAGGGCUCUAGAAGCAGACAGUUACAUGCCACUAGCCCAUGCUCAUAAAGCACUGCAGAUUUUACAAGAGCCAUUCAAAAUCUUAGCAGAUCUUGCUUCAAAGGGUGAAUCCAGCAGCAACUAUGACCUCACCUUAGCAGCUUGCGAGUAUGUACAAGGCAGAUCUUUAGUUAUGAUUCGUGAAGUGCAGGAUGGAAUCAAGAUGCUUAAAAAGUCACUGGAAACACGAAAAAAAUUGCUGAAGAAACACACUUAUGUUGCAAGGAAUCUCAAUGCAAUUGGCCAUUCUUAUUUCUCUAUUAAAGAGAUUGAUAAAUCGCUGAAAUACCACAAGCAAGCAGUGGAAGUCCUGUAUAGUGUGGCUACCAAGGGAAUUCAUUUAGACAUGCCAACAUUCAUACUAAAUGUUGGUACAUGCUAUCACUGGAUGGGAAACAAAGCACAUGAGGAUGGCAAUAAAGAAGAUGGUAAUGAUUUUUACAACAAAGCUCUUGCUGAGUAUGACAAAGCUAUUAUUCUGGAGAAGGAUAUGAGGAUCUAUGGCUUUCCCAAAACUGCAGUUGUGCUCAAGAACAAGGCACUGACUUACACAGAGAUGAAAGAAUUCGAUAAAGCACUGACCUUAGCAAUGGAAGCAAUGGAGAUCAGAAUGCAAUACCUAGGCAAGGAACAUCCAGAUACAGCCAGAAGUGUCUAUUUUGUUGGUUCUAUUUAUCUGAGUCAAGGUGAUGUAGCCAGGAAUAAAGCUGCCGAAGAGGAGAGUGCUGAAGAAAGAGAGAAGAGUGACAGAUUGUAUAAUAUAGCUCACAACUAUCUGAAACAAGCACUUGAAAUUGAACUAUCAUUGGAGCCUCCCCGAAGAAGUAUUGACUACGAAAACACUCAAAGUGACUUGAAGAAAGUGUUGAAAUCUCUACAGCGUCAUGCUGAGAUAGAUUCAUAUGAGGCAGUAUUUUUGAAAGCUAACACUGAAAAAAUCACAACUGGGAGUGAUGGGCAUGAUGACAGUAGCAGCAGUAGUAACAGUGGUAGCAGUGAGAGUGACUCAGAAAAGGAGGACAAUACCAUGAAGCAGAAAGCGUCGUAGGAGCAUAAAUGGAUAUGGACGAAGUAUUUUGUUGUUGUUGUUUUAUUUCCCAUUUUAAACAAUGUGAAAAAAGUUGCAAUGGGAAGUAAGUAAAUAAAUACCGGUAAAUGUACAAGUAUAAAUAAAUAAGUAAACAAAUGAACAAACAAACAAAUAAAUAAAUAAACAAAC